ACUGCCGCUGCACACGGCGCAUGUGCGCAGCGGGCCGUCACGUUGCACAGCUCAGUCCAAUCAACAAUAACUUUCCAAACAGAUUUGUAAGAUGGCGACUGCCGAACCGGAAAUCAACCCAAGUCCGCCUGAUAGUGAUGAAUGUGGAGCUGAGGAGCCAGGACAGGAGAUUGUGAACCCAGAGGCCUACAUCAAACACCCUCUCCAGAACAGAUGGUCUCUGUGGUUCUUCAAGAAUGACAAGAGCAAAACAUGGCAGGCCAACCAGCGGCUCAUCUCUAAAUUUGACACAGUCGAAGAUUUUUGGGCCCUCUACAACCAUAUCCAGCUGUCAAGCAACCUCAUGUCAGGUUGUGAUUACUCUCUAUUUAAGGAUGGCAUCGAGCCCAUGUGGGAAGAUGAGAGGAACAGGCGUGGUGGGCGCUGGCUGAUCACACUCACCAAGCAGCAGAGGAGAUCAGACCUGGACUGCUACUGGCUGGGAACUCUCCUGUGCUUAGUCGGCGAGGCCUUUGACGACUACAGCGAUGACGUCUGUGGAGCCGUGGUCAACAUCCGCACAAAAGGAGAUAAAAUAGCCAUCUGGACAUCAGACUAUGAGAAUCGGGAAGCUGUUACACACAUAGGAAGAGUGUACAAGGAGCGCUUGGGGCUUCCCAUGAAGAUGACUAUUGGCUACCAAUCCCAUGCGGACACAUCUACCAAAAGUGGUUCAUCCACCAAGAACAAAUUUGUUGUUUGAGAUGCGCCCUAUGUGCCUCUUUCAUUUUCUUGUCUUAUUUGUUGCUGGUGCAUGUUUACUUUGCUGCAAAGACUCUGCGGAAUGCAAUCUGGAAGAAACAACCCAAUCCAAGUCUACAUGCCAAAUGUUUCCAUAACCUGCCCUGGUCUUGACCCACAGGAAAGAACAACCAUGAAAAACAUUAAUCUUCCAAAACACUAAUAAUAGAAGUAUCAAUAGUGGAUAACAUAGAGAGUGCUUUAUACUUUAUACUAAAUAAAUUUGUGUUGACUUUUUUUUCAUGGCAAGGAAUUCUGAAAUACAAAACAGGUUUUAUCUCUCCCAUUUUUACAGCAUUGCUGUUUUGAUGUACUUCUUAAUGAUAGUAAGCCCUUAUUUUAAUUUAUUUUAUUAAUUUGCCUGCAUAUUAUUAGAUUAUUAAGCCUUUUUUCCUUGAAACUGUUGCACGUAAUCAGUCUUUUUAAAGUAUUUCAUGACAUAUUCAUUUGAGUGUUAAUAUAAUUAAACAUUAGUUUUGCAAUUAUUAUCUGUUAGAUUGUGGAAUAUUUUUUGCAUCCUGUAAUUAUAUUCAUUGUUAUAAAUAAUUAGCUUGAUUGACUUGCAGUGGUGCUAUAUUGUAGGAUAUUGACUUGUAGCAUUUGACUCUUAUUGGCCUUACAUUGGAGGGCAUAAAGGCUGAGGAUGUUUAUAGCAGAUCUUCCAGUAGUUUUCUUCCAAUAAUCUAGAGUACAUCCAACUGCAUAAAAUACUAAAGGACACUUGAUCAACUUCAAGGAAAACAGGAACAUCCUUCCCUCUGCUUCCAAGGAGUUGAGAAGUCACCAUUAGCCACAGCUGAUAUCAAAGUGCCAAACUUGACGGCCACACACCCCCAAAUGUCAGCAUACAAAGAACUUUUAAAUAAAGGAAUCUUAGCAACACUCGGUUUGUUGCCACCAGGGUGGCUUUAAAAAUGCCACUUUAACAUGACUAAUGGCAUCAUGUUCCCAAGAAUUGGAACUCUUUAAGCCAGCAGGUGAAGCAUCCACGACUAGAUCCCUCUUGAUCUGAUGAAGCAUUAAGUAAGCGUAGUGGGAGCUUCUUUAGGUCCUUGUUGAAGUUAUGCCAUGGUUUAUUAACCUUUAAAGGCCAGCAGAUUUCUCGGGUAAGAUCCUGCGCAAGCAUGCAGGAAAUGUAUGCUUAUUGCAGCUGUAUAGAGUAGACACAACUUGCCUCACAAUGAAAGCAACACCAAAUAAAUACGAAGAGGGCACAAAAACUAAACGGGUCAGUCUAAAAGGGUUGGAUUUGAAAUGCAUCCACAGAUGUUCCAAUAGGAGUAAUUUAAUAAUCUUAAUGCAAACUCCAACAUACCAAUUCAGAUAUGUAUUCUAGUUAAUGAAUUAUUGUGGUGAACAUCCCACAUCCACUGUGCAGUAUACAGUACAAAGAGGAGACUGGGAAAAACAUUCUACAGAUCUGUGUCAAUGUACUAAACAGGCUUGCUUUAUCAAACUACACUGAGUGCAUCUCACAGACCACAGGACCUGACUCCUACUACAGCUGGAAUUAUUGCUUUUAAUAUAUAACUUGUUACAGAGAUAAAUGUUUAUUAUCCAAGUGUUAAAUGAGCACAUGGUGUAUUUGAUUAAAAAGAGCAAGAGUCUAAAAUGGCUGUUUUUCAUAACAAUCACAUAUUGCUCAAACUUACUUGAUUGUGUUUGUUACAUAAAGGCAACAUUUGAGUUUCAGUUCAAAAAAUGACAUUUAAGAUGUUUUCUGAACUUGUCUUUUAUUAAUUCUGAUGUCACAGUGUCUUAUGUACAAUGUAAGCAUUGAAAAUUAUGAGAAACAUUUGCCUGAAUUUCUUUUUGCCUGGUGUCUGAGGUUACAAAUCUGUCACUACUGUUACUCAUUAGCUUCCCUUUGUCUCAUCAUUUAUGAUUAUUAUUUAAACUGCAGAAUGAAUAUCAGAUAAAUAAAUUAGGUACACCUACAGGUAGCUACAACCAACAACGUGUUUGUCUGAUCAUGUUUAAUUCUUCAAAAUGUCAGAAUGGUGUUAAUUCAGUGGUUAUGUUUGGAGGACUUUUGAAUUG